AUGUAUCCAAUUGAUGAGUCGCCUGUGCAAAAGGGUUUGCAAUCUAGCUACUGGAAAAUCGAUUACGGCUCUCCAUUGAAUCCAUACGAGUUUUUAAAUUGUAUGGAUGUCAGCCAGGGCUUGGCUGCCGUUGGAUCUUCCGCAUGCCUCCAGAAUGUCAAGAUCUUCAAGCUGGACACCGAGAAGAACUUGCUUGGUUACCUGGCAAGCUUUAGCGCACCAAAUGUCUGCUGUGUAAAUUGGUUGCACAAUGUUCUUGACGAGACAAAUGAUUUGAACCUGAUGAUGACUGGCCACACUAAUGGCAUUGCUAACCUUUCUCUUAUUCCAAACGUCAGGUCUGCUAAUAUGACCCACGUCGACCUCAUAAAACAGUUCAACCACAGAAAGCAUACUUCGCUAACCGAUAUUGGGGACGACUUCCAAGUUGAGAUAAGUCCAAAGUCAUGGAAAUCUUGUAUGACGAAUUCUAUGAUGUCUAUCUACAAGGAGAACAUCUUUUUAUGGGACACUUCAAGAUCCUCAAGUCCUCUCUACAAAAACAAAGCCCACGGCAUCAAAUCCUUUGCAGCUAGUGAAAAUAACGACGGGCUGGUCGCUUUCGCAGGAUCGUUCGGUGUCAGGCUGUUCGAUAUGAGAUCUGCAACCCAGAGGGAGCUCUGCACUUCGACAUAUCUUUCAUAUAAGCACACCAAAACGCGCAUCAUAGAAUGGUCUCCACAAAAUCCGUAUCAACUAUGCGCUGCAGGAGAGGAUAGCAGUAUCCAGCUGUGGGAUAUUCGGAAACAGCAGCCGCUCGCCACCAUGGGCGGCCAUUCAAGUACCAUCACAGCCAUUGAAUGGGUUUCAGAAAACAGUAUCUUUACAGGAGCCAAAGACGGACGCAUUGUCCAUUGGAACAUGAAAGAUGUCGUCUUCAGAGACAGCCCGGUCAAAUGUUCCGUUGGCGGAAAAGACUAUGAAAGCUAUCAGUGUGGUACGUCCAUUGAGUCUUCCAAGACCGGUAUUGUCAGCUUGAAAUCGUCUAACGGGAAACUUAUAAGUCUUGACGACAGUUACAUGGGGCUGCAUCACGAGUCCGUACAACAAUCAGCUCGCAAACCCAGUAAUCAUUCGGAUGUAACCUUAGUCGAACAAGCGCCUCUUGACAAGCUGAUGCGACAACUCGAUCUCUGUAUCGAUGGUAUAGAGACUUAUAUUUAA